CAAUAUACUACCUGCACUUCAUUUAGUUACACCUUAAAACAAUCACAGUUGGAAUUGGUUGGAAUGAUUUGAAAAGUAAAUAAUAAAAAAAUAAAUAACUGGUGAGUGGUCAUGUAAUUAUUAUGCACGCAUCAUCUGCUCAUUGAUAUUACAUUAUAAUAAUGAAUUGAGUUCUUACUGGAUUGUCCAAACAUUGUUUUGUUGUAUUGUGUUAUUAAUAUCUGCACAAUUAGUGAUGAGAGAUUUUAGGCUAGGAUGGCUAUGUAUAUUUGUUAUUUUGGUGCUUAUAUCAAUGUAUAUACACAACUUAUCAAGGAAAAUAGAUGAAUUAGUGUUGAAGUCCAAUGAGAAGCUACAAUCUCCCAAAACUGAUAUUAGCAUUAAUGAUGAUGUAGUUGUUGUUUACAAUAGGGUGCCCAAAACUGGAUCCACCAGUUUUGUGGGAGUAGCCUAUGAUUUAUGCAAGAAAAACAAAUUCCGAGUGCUUCAUGUUAAUAUAUCUUCCAAUAAUCAUGUACUUUCCUUACCUAAUCAAAUAAAAUUAGCAGAGAAUAUAACAAGUUGGUCCAAAAUGAAGCCGGCUUUGUAUCAUGGACAUUUUGCAUUCCUAGAUUUCUCAAAGUUUGGCUACAAACAACCACUGUAUAUCAAUAUUAUAAGAAAACCUUUGGAUCGAUUAGUAUCAUAUUACUAUUUUCUAAGAUAUGGUGACAACUAUCGUCCCUAUUUAUCCAGAAGGAAACAUGGUGACACAAUGACAUUUGAUGAAUGUGUCAGCAAGGAACAGCCUGAUUGCAAUCCAAAUAACAUGUGGCUACAGAUACCAUUUUUCUGUGGUCAUGCAGCUAACUGUUGGAAACCAGGAAACAAAUGGGCGCUUGCGGAAGCCAAGAAGAAUUUAAUAAACAAUUAUUUACUGGUGGGCGUCACCGAGGAAUUGGAUGAUUUUAUUUAUUUGCUCGAAGAAACUAUACCAAGAAUAUUUCACGGUGCUAAAGAUUACUUUCUGAACAGUAACAAUUCGCAUCUGCGUCGUACCGUUCAAAAGUUGAAUCCUUCGGAGGAGACCGUCAAGAAGAUUCAAAAUCACGAAGUUUGGAAGAUGGAAAAUGAUUUGUACCAAUUUACGUUGGAACAAUUUCACUUCGUCAAGAAGCACGCAGACAAAAUGCAGAGAUUUAUGUACGAGAAAGUGAGACCUAAGUAAAGCUGCCAUGUAUUUCGAUUUAUAAUAAAUUAUUAACUGUUUUAUUUAAUUAUAUCUUAUGAAAUUUUAUU